AUGUCGCGAAACGUCUGCAUCACCGCGUCCGAAGGCAACACCGGCUUCUUGAUCGGUGAGCUGCUCAUGACCGAUCCGGCCUUCAAAAGCCAGAUCACCUCCGUCACCUGUCUGGCCAUGAACCCGGACCAUGACCGUUGCAAAGAGCUGGGCAAACUCGGGGCCAAGAUCGUGCGCCACCGUUUUGGCCGGGUGCGCGACACGGUCAAGACGCUGAAGGAGACCAAGGCCGAUACUCUGUGCCUGGUGCCGCCGGCGCACCGCGACAAGGUCGACAUCACCAUCGAGCUUAUCGAGGCGGCCAAGAAGGCCAAUGUGCCGAAUGUGCUGUUCCUCAGCGCGGCCGGCUGUGAUCUGGCUGAAAGAAACACCCAGCCCCGGCUGCGCGAGUUCAUCGACCUCGAGGCUCGGUUCAUGAAGACCAUGGGCGAUCCCACCACGUCGACGGGGAAUUCGCCAGCGAUUAUCCGGUCCGGGUUCUAUGCAGAGAACCUUCUUCUGUACUCACCACAAGCGCAGGAGGAAGGAUUGCUUCCGAUCCCGAUCGGACGAAACCAUAAAUUCCCGCCUGUUGCGCUGGGAGAUGUGGCGCAGCUUGCGGCCAAUGUGCUGGCAGGCAAGGGCAAGCAUGGGUUUAAUGACAAGCACCGGGGACAGCUGAUGGUGAUGACGGGCCCGACGCUUCUCACCGGCGACGAGCUAGCGAAGGCAGCCAGUGAAGCGCUGGGCGCGAAGAUGGAAUUCGAGGACGUUAACGAAAACGAAGCCCGCCGCGUCCUCCGCGAUAGCGAGGCGGACGAGUCCGAGGUGCAGUAUCUGCUCGAAUACUACUCCCUCGUGCGCGAGGGCAAGACCAACUACAUCUCGACCAAUACUUUCCACGACGUGACGGGCGUCCAUCCGCAGGAGCCGCCGGACUUUUUCAAGACGUACAGGGACGAGUUUCUGCCGAAGAGGCCGGCUAAGAAACCGAAGGUUGAUGGGAAGUAG